AAGAUGUGAUGUUCACAAAGACAGUGAAUGAAGUUCGACAGCGGCCAUAAUAUUGCAUCGAAAGUGUAUCAAGACAGAUACUUGAUUAAGACAUCGUCGAUGCUCACACAAAACACUUAGAACAUAGGUUAACCUAGGUAAACAAGGAGAAGAGCAACACAGAGAAGUUUCCAUUUUGGAGACAGUGUCGUUGUAAUUGUAAUUUCUUUCGAAAUGAAUUGUAAUGUGCGCCUGCGCCUUUAAGAGACGCCAGUUGGUCGGGAUGACGUAAUGCUCUUUUCUCCGCCAUGACCUCAGCGCCUUUGGACGCGGAUAAAGUUUGGACGAGCGAGCACACAACGCCUGUAAAACUGAUUUUGUUCGGCAACGUUUGAAGUUGGGUCCCCUUCUGGGCCUCGAAAGACUCCGAUGUCGAACGUUCGAGCGAUUUCCCGCGCCUGACGUCAUCGCGGCGUUGGCCGUCGCGACAUGGCGGAAGCCUCUUUGGCGACAGAGCCGCCCACACCCGUCGGGGUGCGCUCCCUGCCGGCGGAGGCGCUGGCGGGCCUGCUAGAGGGGGGCCGAAGGGUCACGGGUCAAGCAGGGGGCGUGCUGCUGGUGGACAGCCGACCCUUUGCGGACUUCAACGCGCGACGCAUCGCCCACGCCAUCAACGUCAACGCGUCCAAGCUGCUUAAGCGCCGGCUGCAGCGGGACAAAGUUCACGUCAAGGACGUCCUGCGCCAGGCCGCCGGAAGAGAGGUGGCGCUGGAGGCCGGCCUGCAGCUGGUGGUCUACGAUGAGGAUUCGUGGGAUGCGUGCGCACUGCGCAGUGACGCCUUCGCUGCCGUCCUGCUCCUCAAGCUCCAGCCGCACUUCCCGUCCGUGCGCCUGCUGGCCGGCGGCUUCUCGCAGUUUUCUCACCAGUUUGCGUGCCUGUGCGAGGGGAAGCAGACGACGGCGGUGGCGGCGAGGCCGUCGUCUCCGCCGGCCGCGACACCGGGCCCCACCCGCAUCCUGCCGCACCUAUACCUGGGCUGCCAGGGGGACGUCCUCAACAAGGUGGCUGCGCCUGCUGAUGAUGUGGCUUCUGGCGUGACAUCUGCCUGCCUGCCUUUCUGUGUGUGUGUGUGUGUGCGGCUGACAGGAAGCGAUGCAGCGCGACGCCAUCGCCUACGUGCUGAACGCCAGCAACACGUGCCCCAAACCCGACUUCAUCGCCGACUCGCGCUUCCUGAGGGUUCCCGUGGACGACGGCUUCUGCGACAAGAUCCUCCCCUGGUUGGACGCCUCGCUGGACUUCAUCGAGAAGGCCGAGGCGUCGGACGCCCGCGUGCUGGUCCACUGCUUGGCGGGGAUCUCGCGCUCGGCCACCAUCGCUAUCGCCUACAUCAUGAAGCGGAUGGACAUGUCGCUGGACGAGGCGUACAGGUGGCCGCCGCCGCCGCCCGGAUCGCCGCCGCGCUCCCGACUCCACGCGCUCCUGACUGGCGGUGUCGUCCGUCCACCCGCAGGUUUGUGAAGGAGAAGAGGCCCAGCAUCUCCCCCAACUUCAACUUCCUGGGUCAGCUGCUAGACUUUGAAAAGAAGAUCUCCCAAGAAGCGCAACGACAAGUCCCGGCCGGUGGACAGCAGGUCCCGGCCGGUCGACGGCAUUCCGCUCGGCCGGACGAGCUGGCGCGGGCCCCGGGCGGCCUCCGCCCGGAGGACGCCGCCCAACUCCACGGCGCCCCAGAGUCAGCGCGCCACUUCUCCCCCGUGGAGGAGGUCUCUGAGCAAAGUUGGGACGAGUCCGCCGUCCCUCGCCGGUGGGCACCCGGAGCUUGGCCCGGCGGCACCCUCAGAGGGUGGCACUCGGACAUCCUGCCGGCCCCGGGGGUCCGCCGUUGCCUCUCCCCCACGGAUACGGCGCCCUUCUACUCGGCGGCGUUUGCUCGCGGGCCGGAGGCGCCGCCGCGGCAGCCCCGAGCGUCCGACCGCGGCGUUUCUCGCAGGAGUUGGCAUGAGGAGAGCCACUUUGAGAAGACCCGAAGUUAUCCGGACAGGACGGAAAACCAGCUGGCCGCGCCAGACAGCUUUUCUGCCAGCUUGGAGCUCAUCGGCGUGUCCUGACGCAAAGGCCAAAGGUCACGCCCAGUCGCUGGGGUCAUUUUGCGUAUGGAGGAAGCGCGGACGUUGAGCGUAGUUCUCUGCGCGUGCCUAUUUGCGAUGUGUGCUUGAAAGGGGGGGGGGGGGGCGGAGGAGGGUUCUGGGGGGGUUGCGGGCAAAGCCAGGCUCGCCCGAGGCUCGUCACGGCCACGCAAAUAGACGGAUGGAUGGAGAGCAGAAAGCCAGGCUGUUGCCGUCUGUGCCUCCCAGCUCGUUUCAUUUGGCGGCGAGCAGCAGCUGACCUCAAAUGGACCAGUUUCAUAGCGACCAACUCUCAAGGAUCGACCUAUUAUUGGCCUUUUUUUUUGUUUGAAUCCGACUACUGCGGCGUCAGCGAUAAGUUAAAAAACUUCAGGGAGCUUUUGAUUUGUUUGAUUUGAGAUGCCGUUUCCACCCGGAACUUUUUGUUGCACUUGGAUUUUUUUAUUUUCUGGGGGGCGCUUUAAUAAACGUGUUCCAAGGCA